AUGUCUGAUAAUAGUGCACCUUCAACUUCAAAAAAAUUAAAGUCCACCAAUUCUGGUGGACGCACAAAAAAACCUAUUUGGAGAUUUUUUGAACAAGGGGAUGAAGUAGAUAAGGGACAUUAUGCUGCAACAUGUUCAGCUUGUGUCCAAACUUUUCGACCUGGAAAGACUGCAAUAAUGGAAAAACAUAUAAUUAAUUGUUCGAAGGCGGACCAUUCACCUAAGAACAUAAAUUUAAAUUCUGCAGUAAUAAUUUUUUCGUACCCAACAAUGUCUAAUAACGCUGAACUUGUUAGCAAUUCAAAUGAUUGGAAUAAAUGGAUUGAAGAAGCGAUUUCUAAAAAACUUAUUAAGUAUUAUGAGUAUAACCAAUUUUAUAAUAUUCAAGAAAUUGGUUCUGGUGGUUUUGGAAAAGUUUGUCGUGCUAAUUGGAAGAAUUCUCAUAAGCGUUAUGCAAUAAAAUCUUUUUUUAAUAUUAAUGAUGCUAUAGUCAAAGCAUUAGUUCAUGAGAUUCAACUUCAACGUGAGAAUACCUGCUCAGAUGGUCAAAUAUGUAUUUUUUUAAUACGUUAG